CAUAUUUGACCUCAGAUGUCAGCAGCACAGCCACGUCAAAGCGACAUGAUUCUUUUUGGCUCUUCCCGGCUUCUGUAGUUGGGUUGGCAGACCGUUUGUUUUGGCUGUGUUGGUUAAAGGAAAGGCUUUUGGUAUCAGGUCGAAAACCUGCUUUAAGCUGUGGCAUCAUGUCUGACAAAAGUGAGCUGAAAGCAGAGCUUGAAAGGAAGAAGCAACGCUUGGCACAAAUCAGAGAGGAGAAGAAAAGGAAGGAGGAGGAGCGCAAGAAAAAAGAGGCGGACCAAUUGAAAGAUGCUGCACUUCACCAGGAUGAUUCUGACCUGGAGAAAAAAAGACGUGAGGCUGAUGCUCUCCUACAGAGUGUGGGCAUAACCUCGGAUGUUCCUGUUGUCCUUCCUCCCAUGUCUCCAACUGCCAAAUCGGCGGGCACACCAAGUGAGGCAGGGAGCCAAGACUCUGAUGGAGCUGUGGGACCCAGGACUCUGCACUGGGACUCUGACCCGUCCACUCUUCAACUUCACUCUGAUUCUGAGCUGGGGUACUGGACACUCUCUUCUCUCCUUUCCUGGCGUGGAACUCCAAAACUGGGAAUGGCCAAAGUCACACAAGUGGACUUCCCUCCACGUGAAACUGUGUCCUACACAAAAGAGACCCAGACACCUGUCAUGACCCAGCAAAAAGAAGAGGAAGAAGAAGAGGAAGAAAUUGCUCCAUCUCAACCGGUAGUCGAGACUCAGACUGAGAAACCCGACCAGAAAGAGGAGGAGGAAGCACCCCCCCACGAGCUGACAGAGGAGGAAAAACUCCAGAUCCUGCACUCCGAGGAGUUUGUGAAUUUCUUCGACCACAGCACUCGUAUUAUUGAGCGGGCUCUAUCGGAGCAUGUGGACCUCUUCUUUGACUACAGUGGUCGUGACCUGGAGGAGAAGGAGGGUGAAAUCCAGGCCGGAGCAAAGCUCUCUCUCAACAGGCAGUUCAUGGAUGAGCGCUGGUCCAAGCAUCGUGUCGUCACCUGCCUAGACUGGUCCCCCCAGUAUCCUGAACUCCUGGUUGCCUCAUACAACAACAACGAGGACGCUCCUCAUGAGCCAGACGGCGUGGCCUUGGUGUGGAACAUGAAGUACAAGAAGGCUACACCGGAGUACGUCUUCCACUGUCAGUCUGCUGUUAUGUCGGCUGCGUUUGCCAAGUUCCACCCUAAUGUUGUGGUGGGGGGCACAUACUCAGGGCAGAUUGUACUGUGGGACAACAGGAGCAACAAGAGGACCCCAGUGCAGAGGACUCCCCUGUCAGCAGCAGCACAUACGCACCCAGUAUACUGUGUGAAUGUGGUUGGCACCCAGAAUGCCAACAACCUGAUCAGCAUCUCCACUGAUGGCAAGAUGUGCUCCUGGAGUCUGGACAUGCUCUCUCAGCCACAGGACAGCAUGGAGCUGGUGUUCAAGCAGUCCAAAGCUGUGGCUGUCACCUCCAUGUCUUUCCCUCUCGGAGAUGUCAACAAUUUCGUGGUGGGCAGCGAGGACGGCUCUGUCUACAUGUCAUGUCGUCAUGGAAGCAAAGCGGGCAUCAGUGAGAUGUUUGAGGGCCACCAUGGGCCCAUCACAGGGAUCGACUGCCACACAGCUCCAGGGCCCCUGGACUUCUCCCACCUGUUUGUUACCUCCUCUUUUGACUGGACUGUCAAGCUGUGGAGCACCAAGAACAACAAGCCGCUCUAUUCAUUUGAAGAUAACUCGGAUUACGUGUAUGAUGUCAUGUGGUCGCCGACUCACCCUGCUCUGUUUGCUUGUGUGGACGGAGUGGGCCAUCUCGACCUGUGGAACCUCAACAAUGACACCGAGGUUCCUACCGCCAGCGUCACAGUAGAGGGUAACCCAGCCCUCAACAGGGUCAGAUGGGCUCAUACUGGCAGAGAAAUUGCUGUGGGAGACUCUGAUGGACGAGUUCUUGUAUAUGAUGUUGGGGAGCAAAUUGCGGUUCCACGGAACGACGAGUGGACCCGUUUUGUUCGCACGCUGGCAGAGAUCAACGAGAACAGAGAUGAUGCAGAGGAGCUGGCAGCUCAGCGCCUGGCUGCCUGAUCUACUCGCCAUGGACGAGAUGUUUAAGGGACCAGCCCUGUUUUGAUGGGAGGAAAAGAUUCUAUGACAACAUGACUGGAGAGAAAACAUCAAAUUUUGAUCAUAAAGAAGUAUGGACAUAUUUUGAUUUCUUACACCUUCUUAUUUGGACAACUCUACCUUCUCAGUUAGCUGGACCGUCACCAGUCUUCCUUGGAAUAACACAAACGACUGGGCUAUCAACCUCAGACACUAACAUGAAGCUAUAGCACAAACCAGUCGUCGCUUCUUCAACCAGAUGCCUUAAACUUUGAUUUUUAUCUUGAUUGUAAAAUCCUGUCUUCAUUUAGAGCAUGUUAACAUGAGCCUUAAUUUUGAGUUCAGUUUUUCAACCUAAAUAAUUCCCACUCCACAUAUUCAUGAAAAACUCUCAUAGCUGAGCUCCAUUUCCACCAAAAUUGUAGUAAAGCAAUCGCAUCUUUAAACACCCAGGAAUGUAAACUUCUUAUAGCUGUAGCCCAUGUUGUCAUCUCUGUUCCUUUAAAUAUUCACUUGUUUGUAAAAUACUGAAAUGUCCAAAAUCCAAAUGUCUUUCUACUUUCUAUAUUGUUCUAUACUGCCCUGGUUUUCACUUAAUCAGUGCAGCUGGUUAGACUUGAGAUAGUUGGAAUAUCCUCAAUGCCUAAGAAGACCAUGUAUGCUGUAACUUCUCAGUGAUUUUCAGAUCUGUAAUGAAUGUUGACAGGAUCUGAACAGAGAUCUUUUGUUUCCUGAAGAAUCGCAAAGCUUGGUGUCAAAACUGAGAAUGUACUUUUCACACAGUAGAAACAAACAGUUUGAAUGAUUUAUUUCAAUAAAAUACAAUAAAUACAUUUAAAUUA